AUGCCGCAGCUUCGCAAUGUCAUCCAUGCCGCCGCAACUCUGUGUCCAGAGAAGGAAAUGCGCCCAGUGGACUUUAUAUGGCUGGACAUUGCGUGCAUCGACCAGAGAGAAUCAGAGCCAAGGUCGGCUGCUGAAGUUGGAAGACAGGCCGCCAUUUUUAAAGGCGCCCAGACCGUAUUCAUCUGGAUGACAACCAUGCCUUCGGAUCGAUCUGAGCACGACUUCGGCAACAUUGACUGGUUGUGGCUCGAGCCUUCCCAGCACACGGAAGAGACGCUCCCAAACGUCAUUACAGCCAUGCUUGGCUUUCUAGACGUUCUCUGCGAUCCCUGGUUUUCCUCCUUGUGGACACUCCAGGAGGCAUAUCUCCGACCUGACGCAUACAUCCUGUCCCAACCUGGGCGACUCAUCGUGUACGAUGUGUAUGGUGAUGAAACUAUCCUUGCUCUUCGAGAUAUCCUCGUUUAUGGCGUAAACUGCGAAGGUUUCUGCAACCAGCGUAUUGCUCUCCAACCAGGAGUUAGCAUAUGGACCCAAAUCCGAGAUCGUAUAAAUGAGAGAGGGCUGAUUGCGCUGCGAGCGAGGAACUCCAUGGCCCUCCUUGGCGCCGCAACGCUCCGAAAUGCUUCCGUGUCCGUAGAUCGGGUCUACGGUAUACAGCAAGUGUUUGGGUUCAGGCUAGGAAACUCAUCACUACGUUCUGAACCUAAUCAGACCUUUACGCUUCAAGAAUUGGAGGAUCAGCUAGGUGAGAACCUCCUUAUCACUGAGCCGUUCUUGUCACAAUCCCACGUCUUCUUGCGGGCCGUGCCACUCAGGGAUUGCUGGAAGAUGAACGCCCGGUCUGUGGUCCCUACGAAGCUGUUGAAGCUCAAUUCGAACCGAAGCCGAAACUAUUCACCGCCAUGCUCCUUUUGGGUGGACCAUUGUCGUCCAGGACCACAUCCAGUUCAUUGGAAAGGUCCAACAAUCUCUUUGAAGCGGCUGGCUGACGCAUUCCACUGGAUGGUGACCAAUUCAGAAGUCGCUUUCCUCGCCGAUGACAUCGAUCGGGCGCGACAACACCAUCUCGACGUGUUCCCGGAUAUAACCGAGGAGUUCCAUACCAGUCCCGAGGCCCAACACGAAUAUCUCCCGAAAUACGGACCGAUUCCCCAAGGAGAACGUACAGCUCAAUUUAUCGAGUGGCUCCUCCAGACUUACAGUCCUCGUUCUGUUGAGGUAUUGCUCCUUGGGGUGGAAUUGGAGCACGGAAGAGACCAAAACUACGCACUGGGUCUAAUCUUUGUGGAGCAUGAGCCAGGAAUCUGGGGACGUGUCGGCCUAUGCCAGUGGUGGAUGCUGCGUGUAAGGUCAGCGAAGCGAGGCCUGUUUGAAGGGGAAGGCCCGGAAUGGGCAGCAGGUGAAGGCGUCUUCGGUUAUGUUGGAAGGAGUGGGAAAGAUGAAGCCGUAAACACAAUCGCCACGACUAAAGAACAAGCCAAUUGA